ACAAAAUCCCUUAAUUUUUCAUAAACUUCUCUUCGCAAUACAUUGUUUACCCCUUUUGUUCCCCUUCAACAAGCAUGGUCCUAGAUACCUGAAAGGUCUUUGUGGCAAGCCGGGUAAAAUAAAGAAGAGCGCCCCCUAGCCUAGCCCCCUUUUAAUUUUUGACGAUUAUGAUGCUGAUGAUGACAUAUAGAACCACAUGGGCACUCUGUGACAUGGGUCAGUCGCUGUGAAGGAGUACAGGAGGUAUUGCUUUCAUGGCUGGAUCGGCCCUAGCUGUGUGGCCUAAGAAAUCAGCCAGUCAUUAUGGACCCAAAUUUGGAGCAAUAUAAACCACUUGCUAGGGAAAUUACUCGUAGACUAUUAGAAGCAUGGAGACUAAAGAGAGGAUACAAAUAUCGUUCUGAAAAAAGAGUAACACACCGAAAGCUUUACCUAGCAUUAAUGAAGGAGCUUAUGCAUACCAUUGGCCAUAGAAACCUUACUGAAGUUAUACAGGAAAAAGUUUCACACUUCAAUCAAAAUUAUCAGACAUCCCUUUCAAUGGAGGAAUUUGGUGAUUUGUUGUCUUCAAACUAUGUACCGCCACCGUUAGGAUCAGAUCCAUUUGCUGGUGAAGAUGGAAAUGAGGAUGACUUAUUUGAGAUGGGUAGAGAUGAAGUUAUGGACAGUGUUGAGGGUGACAAACCUCCAGAUGUCAAAGAUGAUGCCACCCAUACAGAGGUCACAUGGCUUCACAGGCUACAUGGGUACACAAGCAAUGAUGAAGAGUCCAUUGGUUCCCCUAAGGAUGUUAUUUCUCAAGAUCAGCUUAGUCAGUUGAAGGCUAUAAGUGCAGAAGAGUCUGCGCUAAAGAUUGAACGAGCUGUAUCAUCAGAAGAAGUAACAGUCAUGGAUACAUCUGACACAGAAAUAAUAAAAUCUGACAUAAGGAGUAUGUUUUCUGAAAAUGAAAAACUCAGAGCAGAGUUAGAGCCAAUGUUAGUGUACAGAGAUGACCCAGACAUGCAUGACAGAAUAAUUGCUGCAGAGCUAAGGGGAAAGAAAUUCAAAGUAUCAAAUGAUGGCAGAUGUCCAAAAUGUUCCUGCAAAAAGAAUGUUUUUGUCAUUUUGGACUUCCUGUUUCCUAUGGGUGAUAUGCCUGAUAUAUGCAACUACCUCAUUGCCAAGGGUCAAGCUGUUCUUUGGUCAAGUCAAGACGACAGCCAUUGUAAGGAUCCACCAACACUUCUGUGCCGUGGUAAAUGCCCUGCAGAUCCAGCGUUAUGUGGUUUCAAUUUGAACUGGAACCGAACCGAUUUAGAAAGCAUAUUUUUCUUUCCGGAUGAUGAAGAGGACAGCAAGCCUGCUGCAAAGGAGAGUGCUGAGCAGAGCAAGGUAUGUUCAAAAGACAGUGAAAUUGAUUGUCAAGUUAAUACACAAGAAGAGUCAGAAACGUUAAGUCAAGAAACGGGGGUCGCAGCACAGCCAGACGGAGAAGACAUUGAUGAUACUUUGAAGUUUGACGAGGGUCAAGUAGAUAUGGUUCAUUACAAGAGGGAUGUUUCCUGGGUUGUUCUUGACGAAUUUACGGAGCCAAAUGGAGAGGCUGAUGAAGAGGAAGACGUUUUGAUAAAAACAAUGCUGGCACUGUCAAAAGCCAAGGAAGAUUGGAAGCAAGGUGUUGCUAAAUUGUGGCCCGAAGAGUCAGAAGAUGAAGAUGGAGAUCAAAUAAAAGAGAACCAGGGUACUGACAAAGCAGAUAGCGCGCCUGAUAAAGCAAGCAAACAAGCGUUUGCAUUUUCUUGGAGCAGCUAUGGAAGCAACCCUUGGGCGCCUGUUGAUUUUGAUAAAAAGAAAAGCCAGAUUUCUGCGUCAAAAUUUCUGAUGAUCGCUACAGGUAAGGCUCACGUUCCUAAACUGCUAAGCAAGGAUGCUAGUGAAGACAAGAAUGUUGAGCAGGAGACUGAAACUGUAAGCAAUUCUGCAAGCCAAUCAGAAUCAAAGGCUGUUGAUGAUGUGUCUGUCACACCAAAAGAAACGCCCGCUGUCAGUGAAGCGUUGCCCCAAAGCAGUUCUAGUGGGGAAAGCGCAGUUGAGAAAACCGGUUCCAAGUCAGAAACGGAAAAGAAAACCUACACUGCAGAUGAUUACCCCGUUUCUAAGGAUGGCAGGUGUCCAUACUGCGAAUCUCAGGAAGUAGUAUAUAUUAUUAUAAAUGAAGGAGAAGAAGAUGGGAAAGAUGAGCUUCCCGACAUAUUACAGCAACUGCUUCAGUAUAAUUUUGCGUAUAAGAUGCCAAAAGACGAAAACGAGCCUCCUUCAUUUCAAUGCCUGAAAUGCACGUACGGUUUUAACCUUGACUGGAGAUCUACCGACCUUGAAAAGAUAUUCAGCAAAAAGCUACAGGGAGCAAAGAACACUGCUGUGACGGGGAAUGGCUCUAGUGACGUCAGUACGACCCAUAAUUAUCAACCUGAAAGUACCGGUGAUUAUCAGAACUAUGGGUAUCCAAUGCAUAGUGCAGCAGCAAUGAGUGCACCCUAUCAAAACUAUUACGCUGCUUCCAUGAUGAAUGCACCUUUCUAUGCUGGGAUGGGGUUUCCUCCAAUGCCCUUUGCCCCAGGAUACUACGCACCACAUCCGGGGUAUUUCCCCCCAAUGGGCUAUCACGGCUACAUGCCGUACCCGAUGGAGACCAUGCCCCAUAUGGCACCAGAAUCUUUCAGGCACAAUGUCCGCAGAGGAUCACCAUUUAGACUUAACAGAAAAGUAAAUACUUCGAUAAGAAAUCCAACAAUGCCGCAGAAGGCACAGCCAGCAAAAGAGGCUGCUGCAAAGGUUUCUGUUGAAAAAGAAAGUGUUGCCAAAGUUGAAAAAGAAAAGGAAGGCUCUAAACAAGAUUUAUCUGCAAAAACUGAAGAUGAUGCUGGUGAGAAUACAGAGAAAGUGGAAAGCACUGAAGCAGCUCAACACAGUGAGAUGGAGGAGGAUAAAACGGCUGCAGAUAAGACAGACCAAAAUGCGCCAAGUGAAAACAAGGCUAUUGAUAUCGAAAAUUCAAGUACUUCAGAGCCCACUACUAUUACAUUAAGCGAUUUAGAAACAAGUACAGUACUUCUAGACAAAUCUGAGAAACCCAAACAAGCUGUGGGCUCAGAUACCGUUACGAAGGAAGAUGAGGCCAAGUGCUUGCCUGAACUUUCUACAGAACCAUCGCCGCCGGGUGUCAAUGAAUCGACAACUAGUAAACCUGACGGUCACAUGGUGCUUCCCGGUGAAGAAGACAGCGAAACUGAGAAGUUAUCGUUAAACAUUACCAUUAAUAAGCAGGAGGUGGUUCAUACAGAUGAUACCUCUGCUGACCUUGUAAUCGCGCCAGAAAAAUCUUCUACAUUAGACGGUGGUGGAGGAACAACCACAGUUGUACCUAAGAGAGUCAAUGAAGAUGACGAACUUGAAACUGUUAAAACGAAGCUGCCAAAGUUGGAUGAUGACGCUGUUGGUGAUGUCACACCCAUCUCUGAAGAGAGCGAAAAAAUUGAAACUAAGGGUAAAAAAGGGACGAAAGGGAGAGGACGUGGGCGUGGUAGGGGUCGUAGUCGCGGUAGGGGUAAAAGCGCAAAGAGUAAAUAGAAGUAAAUCAGAAGUCUUGGUAGAAUCUGUAAGCGCCUUAAUUUAGCGCACUGAUAGAAAAAAUAGUGAUUAAUCGUACAUUUUUACAUUGUUGUACAUUGUUCAUUUUUUACGUUGUUUGUUAGUUCAGAAAACUAAAACAGAACAGUUAGUUGA